AUGAAAAUCCCGGAUUCAGACACUUCUUCCAGUGUGGUCAGGCAUAAGCAAAGAGUUAAGUCUUGUGGCCCGCUGCCCCUCCUCUUUGAUGUUCUGACAUCAUUAGUCCAGCCCCCUGAAAGAUCUCCCUUUUCCUCAGUGCCCGUCAGUUUUACUCGGGAAUGUUUACAGGAACUUCAUGAACAGCAUCAGCACCAAGCGCUUGCACUAUCUUGAAACAGGAAAAAGGCAUGCUUUGAAGAAACAUCUGGCCCGAGGAUCACAGCGGAUGCCACAGGUAAAGCCACUGGGCUCAACAGAGUAAUGGCUGUUCAGACUGCAAUCAUGAACCCCCAGUUCAUGAAUUUCUGCUUCCCUGGAUCUGUGAUGGAGUAUGACAUGGAGAAAAGCCUGGAUGGGAGUCUCCUGGGUGAGGCAGAAAAUGACGGGGACUACAGAGAGACCACAAGGGACCUGCUGAGCUUCAUAGACUCAGCCUCCAGCAAUAUCAAGCUGGCUCUGGACAAGCCGGUAAAAUCCAAGAGGAAAGUCAACCACCGUAAGUAUCUGCAGAAGCAGAUCAAAAGGUGCACUGGCAUUAUAACACCAGGGAACAUAGCAGAAACCCCAGUAAAAAGGCAGGGCUCCCCUCUGGCUCAGGCCAGCCCUUUGCAGAGUAAAACUCUACCUAAGCGUGACGGGGUCCAGGCCAAUUUGCAGAGCAAGAGCCUGGCAGCCCUCUUCAACCCUGUGAAGGAUAUUAGGGGUGAAAAAGCCAAGAAGCCACCACUGAGGCAUCGCAACCUGCCCCCUUCAUUCUUUACUGAGCCUGUCAACUGCUCCAAAGUCAGCUCCACCUCUGGGAUGACUUUAAAGGACUUGGAACGAGGCAAUCCUGAGGCUGCCGAGUUCUUUGAGCUCUUGGGGCCUGAUUACAGCAACAUGGUCAGCGACCAGGACCUUUUUCAAGGCAUGCCGGUUCGGGUGCAGCCGGAGAUGGUAGGCCCAGAUCCUGCUUCCUAUGAUGCUCACCAUUUAGUCGGUGGUCUUCUCUACUCGGAGCCCUGGACUACAUGCUCUGGACCGUCUAAGAAACUAGGGGAGAGCCUGCGUACAGGCCCAGCCCAGCCUCCUGUCUACUGUCACUCAGAGUCCACGUCUGGGCCCAUAGAGGACAACACACUGUGCACUUUGGCCUUCCCAAACUUCUUCACAGACUGCUCCAUACCUCAGGUCACUUAUGAUUUAAGUGGUGGAUAUAACAGAGCUAAUUUUUCAUCUCUAUGAGACACUGACAAUUUUAUUAAUAGAAUUGCUGAUACUACAAAAAAAGCAUAUGAAACUGUGGUGAAGAAUUUAACAGUAGUCUGAGAGAAUUUGAUUUACUGUGUCAUGUUUGAUUCUCUGUUGUGGAAGUGAAAUUGCAGCU